UCAGGGUGGAUAGCUUUAUAUUGUCAGUCUGUUCUGAUCCUUAAAGAGAAGAUUAGAUUUGAGUCAAUGGCAAUACCAGAGAGACAGGAUGGUGGUGAUGGUGACAGAAGCAAGUGGAAAUACUAUGCCUUCCUGGUGCCCAUGCUGGGACUCUCUGCCUUUGGAUGGAUCUGGUCCAAUCAGUUUCAAACGGAAAUUCAGGAUGCCAAAGGUGAGAUCAAUCUUCAAGCCCUGGCUUUCCAGAAUCUGAAACUCAAUGAAGAACAUUGUUACAUGAGGUUGGAAGAGAAAAGUGAACUACGUAGACUGUUUCAAAAAGCUCUGGAAAUUGAAAAAGGACGAGAGCAGAUUGCUUUAGCAGUUCUGAAUGAUGUAGAAUACAGGCUGAUGGAAAGACAGAGAGCCUUUUGCAGUAUUUUCGUUCACCGUACAAGGAGGGUGGAGAUGGAGAAAGACCUAUUGAUUUAUACAGCCAAAGAACCACUUCUUGCACAUCUGCAUAUGGAGGACGGACUCAGGGAUAUUUUCAAGAAUGAUCGCAGUUGUGCUGAGUAUCUCAACACAGAUAAGCGCAGGAAUGGGAGUCUGAUGUGGCUGUAUCUCAGAUACUGGAAGCUGCAACUCACUCUUCAAACACACCAGAGAGCUGAGGCAGCAAUGCUUGGCACAGACAAUAAGUGACACUGGAAGAGCAGAAAUUAAUCUGUAUCACUAAAAUUAUGUAUUUAAAAACAAAAAAAAACAAAUGUAUUUAUCAAUAAAGUUUUUCAAUUUUGUUAUGGUUUCUUUGUGGGAAGAGAAAAAUCCAAUUUGUAAGUGUCAAUACGACAUAUUAAACGCAAAGAAAAGAAAGUGAAUUAUAAGCAAUGUACUACAAAAAUUUCUUUAACAAAUGAGAUCA